UUUCUUUCUCUACGUCAUUCUCUCACGUUCGAUGUGAGGUGUCAGAGAAAUAUUCGUGAUAAUUAUUAAAAAAUAAUUAGAUCUUGAAAUGUUUAGUAUAUUUAUUUCUUUUGUUAAUUAUGUAUUACUUUAGUAAAGGUGUACCAGUGACGUUGAGUUAUCUGGGAUUGAUAUAGUGAAGAUAUUUUUUGUUUUAUUAGUUCAUUAUGAACUGUCACCAAGUAUUAAGUGGUGCCUGUAAUUCAGGAGAUCAAUGUUUUGCUGUUGGUUCUGUCGAAGGAAUACCUUUUACAGCAUACGCAGCAGGAUGUAACAUAGUGAUCUUAGCCUCCAACUUUGAAAGAGUACAGAUUAUACCAGGUGCUAUCCAUGGUUAUGUCCGCAUUGGCUCACUAGACUGCAGUACUGAUACUGGAAAAAUAGCUGCAUCCUAUGGUGCUGAAGUCUGUAUAUUUGAACCGACACCACUGAUACACACAGCCGCUACCACUCAUGGCCUGGAGUACCGGUGGGUGCAAACCGGCAAGUUGGUGGCGGAUGGACCGAUCACAGCGCUGUCAUGGAAUCUCGAGGGUACCCGGCUACUUACCGGCGGAAAGAUACUGCAAUUGUGGCACCAAGCGUCGCUCUAUCAAGAUGACAGUCAACCGAGUUCAGGAGUGACGUUCCAAAUAGGUGGUGACAAGGAUGAGAAGCCGAAGCAGCCGGAGGAAGACGAGCCUGGGUGGAUAUGCGUAUGGCAAUGUCACACAGCCACACCGGCGCAUCACCUCGCAUUCUCACCAGAUGGCGUCCUGUUCGCGACAUCUGGCAUCAAUGACAGACUCGUCAAGAUCUGGUACCAAAACAAAGUGCUAGCACAGACGCAUAAUGAACACUCAUCACCCGAGCUGAACUACACGUUCAUCUACGUCGCCCAUCCCCGCGCCGUCACCCACCUGUCAUGGCGGAAAACCAGCAAAUAUAUGCCCAAAGGCAGUGUAGGCAACGUGUUAGUAACAUCAUGCGUGGACAACAUCUGCCGCGUGUGGGCGGAGACUUUACUGCCGGAGGACGAGUGGGGGGGCGGCUGUGUGACGUCACACUCGCGGUCCCCGCCGCGACGACAGCGCGCCACGCAUCGACACAAACAUCGCUUUAUGCAGCGCUUGAAGCAUAUGAAGACAUGUUUCCACAUCAGACGGACGGCGCAGUCGUCGAAGCAGCCCGGCGCGCCCAUCCCCACGCUACCGUCCACGUACAGCGCACACGACUUCCACAACCCUUACCACGUCACUUCUUACACUGGAGGUCUUCACUUCCACCUGGCAGCUUCAAUAAACGCGGAGACGGAUAUUCCUCUGGUACCCUCACUGGCAGGCGGCGGGCGGUUCAUACUACACUGGCUACACAACAAAGAAAUGCACUUCACUAGCCAAGCCGAAGCCAUACUACACGAUCUUACUAAAAAAAUAUUGGAUAAGGAAGAAACUGACGAGGGAGGUUCAGCAUCCGACCACACCGCACAUCCCGACGGAGAGCAUGAAAGUAGCGGCAACCAUAGUCACCCGAGUCUUUCGAAUACGACCUCAAUAAACUCGAUAGCCACUGACGUCACUUGCACACACCUACCUGAUUCACUUGACGCUAAGAUCGAGUCGUUACUACGAGACUGGCAUCAAAGCCCCGAUCUACUGUUCUCUAUACAUCCUGUUGAUGGCAGCUUUCUUAUAUGGGUAUGCGAAUGGCUAGACGAGUUACAAGCCGGAGCAAUCAGACAGGCACAAGUAUCGUUCUCAGCGCGGAUACCGUCAGCCUUCCCACUCGGUGACGCCACAACUAUGUGUACUCCUGCCGCAUUGUACCACGCCGCCGCUCAACCGUUGUAUGUACGACACCGGACUAAACCUGUUAUGCCGAUGGGACCACAACAACCAGAAGUAGUGACGACACCGCUCGCUAGUGUACAAGAAGAAAAAGAAGAAGCUGAAUGGCCGCAAGGUGAAGAACAAAAUGAGAAUCAAGAAAAUGGAAAUCGAGAAGAGAACAACAAUGAAAUGCAAAGGAAAACGAGUGUGGCGACCGAGGAUUUAGGGGAGAAUCAGGAGGGAGACGUGUUGGACUCUGCACCCGUCAUAUCCAUGGUCACCAAUCACACCAACGGGACCCUCAAUCUGUGGCAGUUGACCUUCGAUGAUAAGUCCAAGUUUUCUCAGGUGCUAUCAAUAGGCCAUGCUUCCAGAGCGUCGGGCCAUAGGUUUAGAGUAAACGACAUUACAUGCCAUCCAGUAUUACCUCUACUAUUAACUACGAGCCAUCAUAACAUAUCUGAUAGUGAGAGAGACCACCACAAGUACGACGACGACGCAGCGGCCGGCGGGCUGUGCUCCGAGCUGAUCAUGUGGAGAGUCGAGUGCGUCGGGCCGCUCGGCAAGUCCGGGGGAGUGUCCGAACUGGCGCGAGUGAACUCUCCUCAUCUAUCAGCUUUUAGCAAUGUUGCUUGGUUGCCUACGUUGUUGCCUAGUACGACAUUGGGCAACCUGUCUAAUUCACCAUCAGCAUGUUUUGUGGCGAGUGACGGCGAGAGUCUGCGAGUGUUCCAAGCUGUCAUAGACGCGCGGACAUUGCUGGCUGAGAUAGCCACCUCGGAGAGACGGCAUAAAGAUGUAAUGCACGACACAAUGUCGAUGUCAUCGGAGUCGACCCUGGAGGAAGGCGGCGGAGUUCCCCUGCACGACCGUAUAAAGAUAGUGUCGCAGCAGUCCACGGCGCGGCCCGGCGCCAUCAUACAGCUGCACGCCAUAGCCGACGCCACGCACGACUGGCAUAACACGCAGCUGUUGCAUGUCUUCCAGGAACAACUCAUUACUGGCGAAAGGACUUCAGUAGAACCAGAAAACGUAGACUCGGGUCUAGAGAACUCUGAAGUGAACACGUUAACGGAAGCCGGGCUGGAGGCUAUAGUGGAUUUGCGUAAAGCUGCCGUCUUUAAUGAGCCGUUCUACAUCGUAGUGCUCGAGAGAACCGACGGAGGAUCUACGGUGCAUAUGUGGAGAUUAACUGUGUCUUCUCAGGCUGAUCCUAACGAAGACCUCACGAACAGUAUGAUGUACGUACCAGACAGUGCCCUAGUACAGGAAGACGAAGGUGAAUCUCGCAAAAACUCCGUGUCUAUGGACAACGACCGCGCUCCCCCUCCCCCCAUUGCACACUCGCACAUCUCUAUUUCUACCAAAAAGGUAUGUGAAUGCCCGCUUUCUCUCCCGGACGGAGUGGACGUGAUCCACGCGACCCCAGCCGCCGGGCACCUAAGCUCCGCCUCCAUAUACCCCGCCUGCCUGGCUCCGUACAUCAUGGCCACUGCAUGCACAGACAGCACCCUGAGAUUUUGGAAAUGUCACGUAACGAAAAGAGAUGAUGAAGAUUUCGACUACACGUGGAAAGAAUGGGAAAUGAUGAACAAAGACCAAGAGUCGGCUAUAGAUAUUCCAGGUCAACCUCUCCACAUAAGUGCGGCGUACUCAGGUCGUAUAGCGUGCGCGUACAAAUGUGGUCGUUCGUUCACGCGUCCGAAGGGUGGGGCCGCCACUAGUACUACGGACGCUCGCUUCGUGAACCUAUGUGUCUGUGUUUACGAAUGCGAAAGUACGGGAGGUGCAGAAUGGUUAUUAGAAGAUACUAUCCCGCUACGGAAUGUUAGUCUACCCCGAGUAGGACUUUGUACAGACACACAGAUUGACUUGUCUUAUCUACAUGAUACCUCCUUCGUGCAAAAGAGGCAGCGGUUGAAUCAGGUACUACAAACACUAUCGUCAGACGAGAGUCGAAAUAACCGCAACGGAGAAGGCGACACUGGCAAAUCGGCAGGAUUACUCGCUGUACCAUCAUUUAGCACUCUACAAUCCCUUCGGAAGAGUAUCAUGGAGAAUGGCAAUACUUGUCCGUUAACCCAGAAACACUUGGUACAACUAGACUGGGUGUCUAAGGAAGACGGUUCGCAUAUUCUAACUGUGGCUGUCGGAUCCAGGGUGUUAUUGUUCACACCGGUUUCUAGUGAUCUCGCUCAGGCUAACUUAAAGGCUAUGAAAGAAUCGAUAAGCAAUAACCGACCAAUACUGCGCAAGGCGUCAUCGUUAGCCGCGCCCCUAUUCGUCGAAGAAAUCAGAUGGAUGCAACUCCGACGUAUCGAGUUGAAGACAGCUGAUGGCCUACCACCGUUACCCAUGCAAAUAUCCUGGGUCAGAGAUGGUAUUCUCGUCGUGGGUAUGGAUUCGGAAAUGCAUGUGUAUUCGCAAUGGAAGCCUGAGAAUCCACAGUCCGCGUCCGGAAUGAUGGGGACACAGGAACUGGAAGAAGGCAGUGAGUCCCGCGCACUCCGUGACUCGGACCUGCGUAUAUCGGCGCCUCACCUCCAACGGGUGUCGUCGAUCAAUCUGCAACUGUUGGAACGAGACGCUAGGAGACGCAACAAAACACAGCCGGAUCAACCUCAGCCCUUGUUAGACUACAUGCCAGACUACGGAUUGUUCGAAGCGUCACAGAUGGCCUGUCCUGUGCUACCUCAGUACCAUCCCAAGCAACUGAUGGAGCUGCUUAACAGUGGCAAGAUACGAUGGGUUAAAGCUAUACUUGCUCAUUUAGUCAGAUGUAUUGGUGGUACAUACACCGGACGCAGUUCACAGGGUGACGAAGACAGUUUAUCUAGACAGCGCGGUUGGUCGCGGUCGCGCACGCUGUCGGUCUCGUUCGCCGCCGGCGCUGCUUCGCCGCUAGAUGGCGUUGCACAGAUAACAGAAGAUGUUCAGUUAGACUACGCUGAGAUUACUUCAGUGCCACCGCUGCCUUUGUGGACUCUACUCGUAGCUGACAAGGAGUCUCCACACCAUCCGUCCACUAUACAAGAAGCUAAGGACUAUAACGAAUUAUUCGAAGGUACAAUACAAGAUACUGACGAUGACCUUGACGCUUUGUUGUUGGGUGAUGAUGAGGGUGUUGAUAGACGGCCCUCCAUGCCGGAACGACAGCCUCUGUCACACUUUGGACCGAGACAAGGUCGGAUCCUCUCCCGCCUACUCACGCACACCCACCUGCCGGGCCUCAGUUCGUUGGACCAAAUGCAUCUGUUAGCGUUAGCGGACACCGUGUCUACUUGUGACGCGGACUUCGCCGAACGACUGGCCACUAGUGCACGCGUUGACGUUGCUCAGGCAACUGGACAAGAAAUAUUACCAGACUCCCUGGACGAUUGUGGUCUCCGUUUCCUCCUGGCCAUGAAGCACUACGGCUAUCUACUGCGCUGCUUACCUCUCGCCCAGCGCGCCAACUUGCAACGCAAUGGCGUUGGUACCUGCAACCUAGUGUGGGCCUUCCACUCGGAGACACAUGAACAACUCCUGGCUUUAAUACCAGGGUAUACCAAGGGACAGCCUAAAUGGUCCACAAUGAGGGAACUUGGUGUGGGUUGGUGGGUGCGAGGCGAGUUACUCCGCACUUGCAUGGAGAAGCUAGCCCGAGCAGCGUAUAUGCAGAAACAGGACCCGAUGGACGCUGCCCUCUACUACCUCGCUAUGAAGAAACGAAUGUUAUUGUGGGGACUGUUCCGCUCCAGUAGAGAUGAGAAGAUGACUAAUUUCUUCUCAAACGACUUCACGGAAGACCGUUGGCGUAAGGCAGCGUUGAAAAACGCAUUCGUACUACUCGGUAGGCAACGAUUUGAACAUGCAGCCGCUUUCUUCUUACUUGGAGGUGCUCUAAAGGAUGCUUUGGAGGUGCUAAUCACACGUCUUGGAGACUUACAACUAGCGAUGGUAGUAGCGCGUUUGUACGAAGCAGACAAUCCUCUGCCGACUAGCUUAAGGAAAUUGUUGAUGGAUGAAAUCUUGGGAGGUGAAACAGAAGACGGCGAACUAGACCUAGAACGUGCUCAUCCCGAUCCAUUCGUUCGUUCCAUGGCGCUAUGGGAACUCAAACGUUACGGCGACGCCCUCGACACGUUGCUAAGCAACGCCGGUCGUUUACACGCGGCUAGAGACAACGAACCAAUGCCUAGCGUGUUCAACUUCUACGUGUAUUUGAGAACGCAUCCCAGAUUGAAGAGACAUAAUUUGCCUAGUCAGGGUGGCACCUUAGCCCUUCUUCAACAAGAAGCUGAAGAAGGAAUAACUCGCCUGGAACGUCGUUUGUACUUCCAAACUGCGCACGGACACUUCAAAGCAGGUUGUCCUGCCUUGGCCCUGGAAGUGUUGUCGAAGCUCCCCGCCAGAGUGCGCGACGAGCGCGCCCGCCAGCCUGCGCCCGCGCAACACAUCGAUGACGUCAUACACACCGGACAGCUCGUCGACCUACCAGCUAAAAAGGAGGAACCGACUAACGUGGACUGGGGUGCACCGGCAGUAGAAGUGGACUGGGGAGCUCCAGUCACUACCAACAAGACUGACGAACUCGUACUCAGCUGGGAUGACGACGAUGACAAGGGUUCGGAAGGAUCAGGAUCUUCCACACCGCCAUUAGAAAUGAAAAUGGACAAACAAGAAGACAAUGAAGAACCGACAGUGAACGGUACUUCUGAGAAAGAGAAGGGGUCGGACGAGGCGCCCUCUGUCGACAUUAUGGCGCAACAACUGAAGUUUGUGGCUUGCUUGAAGAUAUUGAUGGAGGAACUUAGUACUUUGGCAACUGGGUUCGAGGUUGACGGUGGUCACCUACGGUACCAGUUAUACAUAUGGCUGGAACGCGAAGUAGAGGCGCUCCGCCGUCUCUGUGGAUAUUUGGCAGCGGGCUCCAGUGGCGGGGGUGGAGCUCUACUCUGUGCUGAACCUGAACUAGCUCCACUACCAGAACGACCCACUUUGCACCAGCUUCUGGUGCGAGAGAAGGCAGAUUUUGAGGCUAAAGUUCAAAGGGCUCUUAAUAGGAAGAGGUGGCUUAAAGCAAACGAGACUCUCCUCCGCACGUUACUGUCGUACUGCUCCCUGCACGGCGCGGGCGGCGGCGGGCUGGCGUCGGUCCGCAUGGAGCUGGUGCUGCUCCUGCAGGAGCUCGGCCAGGACAAGCAGCACCAACAACUGCUGUCCCCGCUACCAUUCCCCACCACGUUGCCUCUGUUGGCCGCCGCCGUAGCUACUAACAACACUGUUGUUGCUGAUCCAGUUAGGCAUUUGCAGUCGGUAGCCCACGACAUGUUAGGUACGAUAGGCGAGCUGGGCAUACCAGGAGGAUCGGCGACGAGAAUCCUACACACACUGCGAGAGCUAUCAGUAGCACUGUCCGCCUGCAUAUACCAGAGUCUAUGCGAUUCUGAUACCUUCAGCUUGAAACACGCACAUCAUCAUGAUGGUAUCAUAGCUGAAACUCCGGGUACUAGUCAAAUCCUCCUACGACAGCGGCGUCAUUCCACGGACGAGCUCUCUGUCACUACUCCACCGAACAAAUGGCCAGGAGUAUCAGCCCUCCGCGGCCUGGCUCUCCGCGCGGCGGAGGAAGAAGACGCCCCCCGGCUGGCCGUGCUGCUGGCGGAGGCGUUCUGCGCGGUGUACCUGGCGCUGCUGGGCUGGGCGGCGGCGGCGCGCGACGCGCACCUGCUGUACCGGCUCACGGCGCACGCGCCGCUGGCCGCCGACCACGCGCGCCUCUUUGGCGGCGGCGUGCGCAGGCUGCUCACUACUGCGCCCGCGCCCUCCAUGCAGCCAAAACUAGUGGAGCGUCCAGAAGGCACAUCAGUAUGGUCAUCUCUCCGUGAGAAGCGCGCCCUCCUGAACAUGCGACUGCUAGGCCUGGGUCCCACGGCCCCCCACAAGAACAUCCAGGAGGGUCGGCCCACCUACAGAGAGCAGUUUGUACCGCCACACUGCAGUAUACUCACUUAUUUGUUGACUAAGCCUACCGCGGAACAAGACCCAGAGAACUAUGACUACGACUCCGCAGAGUCCGGAGGUGAAGAUGUUGAUGACAGUGGCAGUGAAGCCGAUGACGACGAUAUAUUCGACACUAGCAAUACCAAAAACGAGAAACGCCGCAAACAAGCGAACACGGAACAUUCAGAUCCCGAUUCUUACUCGUGGUUGGUGAUGCGUAUUGCGGUACUACGUCUAGCGCAGCAGAAGUUGCAGAACUUCUUACAGCUGUGCGGGAUUGAGAUGUCAGAGUUGGCGACCACAAGUCCGAUGGUGCACGGAGCCCUGCGCCGCGUGGACCAGUGGCAGCAACAGUUGACGGAGACGCUGGAGUCCCGGCCGCCGCCCCCCGACUAUAUUCCCGGCUGCUUCCCAGAGCAACUGCCUACUGGACCGCCUAUCAAUAAGUACAGGUGUUUGUUAGAAAAGCAUAAUACUCCAUUUAGUUCGGUGCUGUUCAGUGCGGCUCCAGCGCGAAGGUUAUGGAGCUUCCUUGUGAGACAAGAACCGGUCCAGGACUUGUUCAUCCGCGCCGUGUUCUCCCGUCGUCGCGCGGGCUCCCAGUCCGAGGCAGAGUCCCGCGCGGGCGGCCAGCAACAACGGGACCGAGACCUCGACCUACACAACCCUGUACGCAUCAUACACAAGGAACAGGACUCUAUUGCUGCGUUCUGUUUGAAUAAGGUGGGCGGCUACCUACUAGCAGUAGCGACAGCGCGCGAAGUACAGGAGAUGGAUGUCUCACUACUGCUGCGAGCGGGCGCGUGGUGGGCCGAGGACGAGUGCGAACUAGACCUGCUGGCACUGGCUGCUGACCCUGCUGCAUUGCCUGAUACCGGAUUCCUGCUUAUACAGCAUCAUGAUAAGCCCAACAGUGGCUCAGUGCCGGGCACUGGUAACAGUUCACCGUUGAACCCGAACGCGCCACAAGUGCCGGUCGGUAUGGCCAGUCAAACGGGACGCGGCGCCAGUGUUGUGAAGGGCCUACAGUUCCCGGGUUGCCACGACCCGAAAUACUGUCGGCUGGUGCUGCAUCGAUCCAAGCUUCUCAUGAAACCGGUGCUGAAACACAAAAUCGACAACAUCAAAAGAAUGGCAGCGCAUCCUUCACAACCAUUGUACCUAACGGGUGGAGCGGAUGGCUCCGUUCAACUAUGGGAGUGGGGACACCCGUCCUGUGUCUGGUCACCGCGAGCCCCCGGCGCGUUUGCAAAGGUCACAAGAGUACGGUUCUCUGACUACGGGAACAAGUUCGCAGCAUCGGACGCUGAUGGAAACCUGGCUAUGUGGCAACUACAUCCCGCACCGCAUCAAGCUGGACAUCCUCAUGCCUCGCCUAGGCCGUUCUUUACUCAUCAAUGUCACAGUAAAGGAAUUAGCGAUUUCGUUUUCCUCGGUUCUUGCAGUUUAGUUGCUACAGCUGGGCACAGUUCCGAGAGUAAAAACGUUGCCGUAUGGGACACGUUGAUGCCUACUAAGAAAGCUUUGGUGGUUUCGUGGACGUGCCACGAGGGCGGCGCGGCGUGCGUGGCGUGGGCGGGGUCGCUGGGCGCGCUGGUGUCGUGCGGGCGGCGCGGCGACGUGCUGGUGUGGGACCUGCGCGCGCGCGCCGUGCGCCAGCGCCUGCACGCGCACCACGCGCCCAUCAAGUGCGUCGCGCUCUCGCCCAGGGAGGACUACUACGCUAUCGGAGCUGCGGAUGGGGAUAUCAAGGUGUUCUCACUAACGACUCACCAAUUGCUAUAUACGUUUGCGGGAGAACAUGCUAGGAGUUCCUUCUUCAAGCACAUAGGCCAGGGUGUUACGCAAAUACAUAUCGACAAUGCUGGCCGUCUAUUCUCGUGCGGCGCGGACGGCACCAUGAAAGUGCGAAAGCUACCCGAGCGAGACUCGCCGCUGCCUCAUCAACCGCAGUAUUAAGUCUGUGUGACUGCGACACACGGAUGGCGAGACGCAGGAGAGAGCAUAAUGUGGUCCGGCGCACCGCGUCUAGCCUUACAGCCCUUGUGAUGUACCUAUUUAUCGUUGUUGCUAUUCAAAUGUUACGAGUAUGAUGAUCAUUGUACGCCGUUAGACUAGUCACUGAGUAGGCGAUGUUGUAUCUUAUAAUGUAUUUAAAAUGUUAAUGAAUCUUUAGUUAUUUCUAGUGUGAAAUAUUCGCUAUUUUUAACUUAAUAAACAUGUCCUAGAUAAAUAUAUAAUUUAUUUAUUAGCUCUCGCUAGCGGUGGCUGGCGGCAGUGGCUGGCCUAAGCCGCGCGUUAUACGUGGCGUAGCGUGCGCGGCGCUAGGAGUACGGUAGUGUGACAUAUUGUAUGAUGUGCUGUAUUUUAGUGUAAAGUGCAAUAACUAACUCGAUGCUAACUUAUGAAUCCGACUAUUGACGACGUCGAAGCCUUUACUAGAUAACAGUUUAGCUCUUUUAAACAAUUUAGCUUAUGAUACGAGUGCAUAUAACUUGUUGACGCAUAAUAACAUAUAAUUUAUUGAAUAGGUAUAUAUCAAUCUAUCUCGUAUAAAUCGUCGUUGGCUUACUGUAACUUGUUUAUUACUAUUUAAUCUCGUGGCACGUUCGAUUGCCAGUCGGUCAACAUAUUUCAUGUAAUACCAUUAUUAUACUUAAUCCCCGUAUAUGGCACCUCAUGUUCUAGUAGUAAGUAUUAUAUUGUUGUAUCUAUGUAUUCUAUGUGAUGUAUUCGAGAUUAAAUAAUAUGUUCAUGUUAUUUUUAAAGCAAUAUUUUGUUCCAUAAAAGCAUUUCUAAACGAAGCAAUAAAAUUAUAAAUAUCAAAUAUAUUUUGUGUACUAUCCUGUGCUUUAUUUUAACAGUAUUAUUAUACGUUUGUAGUGAGGGAAAUAACAAAAUUAUCUUAGACUCUGUAUAGCCUGCAAUGUGUUCUAUAUCUAAACUGCGCUUGUGAUACAUUCAGUGAUAUACUUACUAAACAAAUUAUAACAAUUUCCAAUAUACUAACAGAUACUAUUGUAAACUUAAAUCUUAUUUUAUUUUAUGUAUAUUUUCAAAUUGUUUAUAGUUGAAUUAGUGAAAUCUAGCAACAUAACACGGUCCCAUGUAUCGUACUAACCCGUUAGCAGUAAUCCUAAUAGCAAAUAAUUCAUAAUAUUGAUGUUAGUCAUAUUAUUAAAUCCGUUGACUAAAUAUAACAAUUUCGUUUAAAUGGAACCCUAUUCUGAGUGAAAUAAAAGACAUUGGUUUCGUUGUUUUUCUUUGGUUAACUAUUUGUAAUAUUGUUUAGGUUAAUGACUGAACACCAAAGUUAUAUCUAUCGAACAUAAUUGUUUACUGGCUACAUUACAUAUUGAUAAAUUAAUAUCAAAUUCAGUUAAUAUAAGUUACCAAGUUUAGGCUUUAUGGUUUAAAUUCGCACAAUAAAUUGGUAUGCAAGAGAAGCGUUUUACUGUGACAUGUACAAGUCAAUUAUUGUCGUAAAUGUAACGUUAUGAACAUCUGUAUAUAAUGGAAGGGCUACGCAUAACCAGCUAGUUCCUAUUUAACUAUGACAAUACGCCUCGUGUAGCAGUGUACUUGUACAAUUGAAUCAAUUAGCAAUCAUGUUUACACGAAUAAAGUAGAACACUAAUCGCGCAAACCUUACAGGGAUUGCUUCGUAUCGCUUCGCUUCUGGCAUACGUACGAAAUUUCCACUAUCUUCUAGACAACCACAUAUUGAAAUGAGUUGUAUCACGCACCUGUUACAAUAUUAUAGUUGAAUGAACAAUGUUCAAUGCUUAGUUUGUUUUAUUUAUGAAAAAAAAACAUUUAAAAUAAAGUUUAACUCAUA